AUGCGUACAGAUCCGAUAGCGCUACGGAUUCUAUGCGGGUUGACGGUCUUCAUCUCAGGCACCCACAGCGCAAGAGUUGUCAGCGGUCAGACAGUGUGUCAGGGAAGUCCGGAGCAUCCCUGCUAUAAGAUUGCCUACUUCAGAGACAUGACGAGUCGUGUGGCCUUCUCGGAGGCUCAGCAGGCGUGCGAGAUGGACGGAGGAUCUCUGCUUAGCGUGGAGAACGCGGCCGAGCAACGGCUCAUCGAGCGACUCUUACAAGAGCUUAGUUCCACCUCCUCCAGCUCUCCCACCGGCUCCGGCAUCGCCGACGGAGACUUCUGGAUCGGACUGACCCGCGCGGACAGCGAGAGCAACCAGGAGCCCGGUGGCUUCACCUCCUGCCCGGAUCUGUACAGAUGGACAGAUGGCAGUGUCUCUCAGUUCAGGAACUGGUACUUUGACGAACCGUCCUGCGGUGGUGAGGCCUGUGUCGUCAUGUAUCAUCAACCGACUGCUCUCCACGGACUGGGUGGCCCUUAUCUCUACCAGUGGAACGAUGACAGAUGCAACAUGAAGCAUAAUUUCAUCUGCAAAUACGAGCCAGAGAGUCACUUGGUUAAAGAACAGGGAGACAGACCUGAUGGACAUGAUGGUGAUCUUUCAUCAGAUCAGUUAGAUGAGAGCAAACCACCUGCUGUCAAUGAAGAUGACACGCAUCAUGUUUUGGUCGCGGGACCAUCAGGUAUGCUGCUGAUUUAUGUGAUCAUACCAACCAUCCCUCUUCUGCUGCUGAUCCUAGUGGCCUCAGGGACCUGCUGUUUCCAGAUGUUGACCAAGAGCAAAACACGGACAAAAACAAACGCGAACCAGUCGACUCUCUGGAUCUCCAAGACCCCGAAAUCAGACAGUGCCAUGGAAGUUUAG